ACACACGGGCCGACAUCACUAAAGGGCCGACAUCACUCUAGGGCCGACAUCACUCACGGGCCGCAAGAAGAUCACAAAGGAUGGCCAGCCCGCUGGCCUCGACUUCGCGGCUCCGGCUCGGCAGCAGCUUGCCCGCUGCCGCUGGCAGGGUGCGGCAGCGGCUGGUCACAUCGUCGGCAACCUCGCUUCCAGCGGGUGUCGGAGAAGAGGAGCCCUCUCUCGCAUCACCUCAGCAGCAGCAGCAGCAGCAACAACAUGAACUCGUAGACGAUGUCGUCUCUGCCGGUGCCGUUGCUGCAUCCCAGCCGAGCACGCCGCAGUACGAGGACCCACGCAAGGUGGCGCUCGAUGCUGCGCGCGAGAAGCUGCGGCUGCGCAGCGUGACGCUCCGCAACCUCGAGUCCACGGGCAGCGGCUCCACCCAGACGCGCGCCUCGUCCUUCCGGCCGCACCGGACUCGGCUCGAUCCCGUCGGCGCGCACGAGCUCACCGUGUCGCACCUGCUCGCUGCGACGGCGCACGUCGGCCACCGUCUCUCGUCGCUCAACCGCGCCGCAUCGGCAUUCGUCUACGGCAAGCGCCACGACGUGGCCAUCAUCGACGUCGAGCGGCACACGCUCCCGGCGCUCAAGCGCGCGGCCGCCGUCGUGCGCGACGUCGCCUCGCGCGACGGCGUCGUCCUCUUCCUCGGCACCGCCCCCGGCACGCAGCGGGCCGUGCUCGACGCCGCCAAGCGGCUGGGCCAGAACGGGUACCACGUCACAAAGGAGCGGUGGAUGCCCGGCGUCAUCUCCAACGCACCCAAGCUGCUCGGACGCGCCAUCCUGGGCGACAUGGCCGCAUACACCGAGGGCAUGCAACAGCAGCAGCAGCAGCAGCAGCAGCAGCAGAGGAACGGCAGCAAUGAUGGCCCCGGCCGGCGGAGGGCAGAGGAGCCGGAUGCCGCGACGCUCGCCUCGCAGGUCCUCGUGCCCGACCUCGUCGUCGUGCUGAACCCCAAGGCGAACCUGCACGCGAUCCGCGAGGCCACCGAGCGGGGCAUCCCCACCGUCGGCAUCGUCGACACGGACGUGGACCCGCGCAUCGUCACGUAUGCCAUCCCCGCCAACGACGAGAGCGUGCGCACUGCCGAGCUUGUCCUCGGCGUGCUCAGCCGCGCUGGCCAAGAGGGCCUGCAGCGGCGCGCAUGGAUCGCAGACCAACACGACAAGGGCAAGCGAGCCGUACGGAGGCUCGGCUCCAACCAGCAGCAGCAGCAGCAGCAGCAGCACCAACAUCAGCAGCGGUAUAACCAAAGGCAGGCAUCGCAAGAGUGAAAUAAACCACGUCCUCGUGAUAUUGCUUGUGAAUGUAUGCGUGUGUGUACCUACAAUUACAAUGUGUGAACCACGGUCAAUUGCAUCGCAUCGCAUCU